AUGCCUCCACCACCUCCACCUACUUCAUUCAUUGCUGUUAAAGCUCCUACAACCAAAAUACUUUCAUCAUCUACAACAUCUAAUUCCGAUGAAUUGAUGAAGAAACUCUCAUCCCGAAGAGAACAAGAAGCGAUCAAGGCUCCAAAAAAGAUUGAAUGGGAAAUUGUUCAUCCACAACCUACCUCUGAAGGAAAAAAGGUAUUAAAAUUUGUAAUUAUAAGUGAUACACACAACAAACAUGAUAUGCUGCAAUUACCAGAGGGUGAUGUAUUUAUUCAUUGUGGUGAUAUGACUGAUGAGGGAAAAUUGGAGGAUAUUGAAAAGUUUAAUCAAUGGGUUGGAACACUUCCUUACAAACACAAGAUUGUUAUUUGUGGUAAUCAUGAAGUGGAUAUUUCUAAACUUGGAAAGGAAAAGAUUCAAGAAUUAUUUUCUAAUGCUAUUUAUCUUGAAAAUAGCAGUGUUGUAAUUGAAGGUGUUAAAAUUUAUGGAACUCCAUAUAUUCCAAAUAUGUCAGAUUUACCUGGAGAAAAGAAGGAAUACAUGUGUCAAUUCGACAAUGAUUAUUUUUAUAGAAGUGAGGAAAAGCUUGCAGAGAUUUUUGCUACUAUUGAUCCAGAUACAAAUAUUCUAGUGACCCAUACACCACCAAAGGGUCAUUUAGAUGGAAUUUUGAAAUAUGGAAGUCCUUCAUUGAUGACCAGAAUGAAUGAAUUGAAAGAUUUAAAGGUAAAUUGUUUUGGUCAUGUCCACAUGGGUUAUGGAUAUGAAAAGAUACAAAAUGGUGUUACUGUAAUUAAUGCUGCAAGUGAUGGAGAUGAACAUCCAAUUCAUUUUGAUUACAAUGUUUAA